AUGGAGGGGUCACCGAGAGCAGGAGGUCCGGGGCACGCGAGGAACAAAUCAACUACCAAGGCCUUCCGCAACUCGCCAAAGCAGCCGGCCCCAGAUACGCCUCUCGACGAAUUGCUCGCCAGAGGGUUUUACCGUGCUGCCGCCAUAGCGGCAGUUCAGGAGCUCACGUCUACGAUUCCAGACAAGCCAGCUAUCGACCCCGCAGACCACAGCCGCAUCUUCAACCUCCUGUACAUCAGGCUAUCAUGUCUAACCCUCAUCGAUGCCAUGCCUCUAGCCGCGCAGGAGGUCAAGGCAUUUGAGGAUCUGAAUAACCCCAUGGUCUACGUGGAUCAGCUCACCGGCGAGCAUCUCGUGCCGUGGGACCUUCGCGUCCUCAACGUCAGACUGCAAGCGCUGGGUUUCGGCGACCCGCGUAGGGCUGUCAUGAGCUUCCACGAUCUCGCCCGCGAGGCGAGGCAUAACAUUGCCCAAGCCACCGCGGACCACGAUAACUCUGCCAGGGAGCUGUGGAAGGACAGGCUCUACGCUCUCGGUCUCAAGAUUGCGGGAGCGCUCGUGGAGAUGGACGACCUCUCGGGCGCCGCGCAUCAGCUCACCAGUCUAAAAGACCGCGGUGACGGCAAGGUUUCACUAGCGAGAGCGCUGCUCUGGCUCCAUAUCGGUAACGCCGACGAAGCGAGGCGCGUCGUGUCCGGCAGCGGCUCCUCGUUGAACGCGGGGGACAAGACGGUGCUGGCGCUCGCCGACAUGGCGGACGGCGAGUUCGAGACCGCCUUGGACAAAUGGAGGGCGAUUGAGGAAGGCGAAGGGGAGAUGGACGAGAUGGUGGGGAUGAACACGGCGGUCUGCCUGCUUUACUUGGGCAAAAUGGAAGAGAACCUGUCUACGAUUUACGAGCUGUGCGCGGAAAGGACCAAGAAGGGCUUAAAGCUCAGACUCGCUGAAAGGGUUGCAGCAAUGGAAGAGUCAAGUGCUAGAGGGUGGGAGAAGACUAAUGCAGACUUUAAGCUAUGA